GGCCGUGGCGGUUGUUUGUGCGCUUGGCUGCCCGGCUGGCGGGAACGCGGCGCUGCGCCAUGGAGAUGGGGAAGCGGGUGACGCUGGAGCUGCGCAACAGGAAGCCGGCCGAGGUGAAGGAGCUGGUGCUGGACAACUGCCGCUCCGACGAUGGCAAGAUCAGCGGGCUCUCCUCCGACUUCGAAAACCUGGAAUACCUGAGCAUGAUCAACACCGGUCUUGUCUCCAUCUCUAACCUUCCCAAGCUUAACAAACUCCAGAAGUUGGAGCUGAGCGACAAUCGUAUUUCGGGCGGGCUGGAAGUCCUCGCAGAGAAAACGCCGAAUUUGACGCAGUUGAACCUCGGCGGGAAUAAAAUCAAAGAUAUCAGCAUGUUGAAACCUCUGAAAAAGCUGCCCCACCUGCAGAACCUCGACCUCUUCAACUGCGAGGUGUCGACGCUGAUGAACUACCGCGACAGCAUCUUCAGCCUCCUGCCUCAGCUGAUCUAUCUCGAUGGGUUUGACGCCAGCCACAUACAAGCCCCCGACUGGGAUCUGGAAGCCCACUGGAUGGACGAAGAUGAGGAAGACGAAGAAUUAGAUGACGAAGAUGACCUGGACGGCGAAGACGAGGCGAACGGGGGCGAUGAUGAGGAUGAAGACGAUGAGGAUGACGGGGACGAGGAUGAGGAUGAGGAUGAAGAAGCUGUCACAAGCCCUGUGCAUGACAUGAGUUGUCCAAGCAAGAAAAAAGUUCGUCAGUAUUCACAAGAAUAUUUACAACUUGGCUUCAUUCCCGCUAUCCAUGAUGAGCGGUCACCUUUCUGCCUCCUAUGCCAACAAUGCUUGACCAGCGAAUCAAUGGAACGAGGUUAUCUUGAGGCGCAUUUGAAGGAGAAACAUCGUGUGCACGUAAAUUCAGAUUUAAAUUUUUUCAAGUCUUUAAAGGAGAAGUUUGAAAAAGGUGUCAGUCGUACCCUUGAGGCUAGUUAUGAAAUUUCUUUACUCAUUGCUAAGUCUGGAAAACAUCGUACUAUAGGGGAGGAUUUAAUUAAACCAUCAAUAUCAGCAUUUCUUAAAACGGUUCUGGGAAAAGACGACGAAGACGUAAAAGCCAUGCCACUCAGCAGCAAUACUGUUAGCAGAAGGAUAGAUGAAAUGAGUGAAGAUAUUGAAGCACAACUUGUUGAAAAGCUGAAAUCAAGAAGUUUCUCACUACUAAUGGAUCAAUCAACUCUGAGAGACAAGGAGGCAGUAUUGCUAACCUACGCAAGGUAUGUUGAUAAAGGUGAAUUUGCUGAAGAAAUGUUAUUCUGCAAAUCAUUGGAGACCGCCGCAACCGCUACCGAUAUAUAUAAUAAGCUAAAAAAUUACUUUGAUGUCAAUUAUAUAUCAAUGGCAAACAUAACAUCUUGUGCUGCAGAUGGUGCUCCUGUUAUGAUGGGCUGCUUAAAAUUGAUGAAAGAUGAGAAUCCCGAAAUGCUUCUUGCGCGCUGUGUUAUUCAUAAAGAGAACUUAGUGUCCAAAACUAUUUCUCCUGUUCUUAAUGAGGUACUAAAAUCAGUUAUGAAAUGUAUCGAUGCUACCAAAGCUGAUGCCAAAUACGAGAGUCUCUUCAAGCAAUUUUGUGAAGAUCAAAAUGCAGACCAGGUGAAACUUCACCCUGAGGUAAGGUGGCUCUCAAAGGGAAAUUGUUUGAAAAGAUUCAUGGAACUAUUUGAUGUUCUUAGUGACUUUUUAAGUGACAAGCCUGAAAUGAAGCACCUGCUAACCACUGAUGGUAAAGCCUUUGUGAGUUAUUUAGCAGAUAUCUUUGAAAAACUGGACACGUUGAAUAAACAACUUCAAGGGACAAAUAAAACCCUUGUGGAUGCAAAGGCGAAGAUAUUCGGCUUCAUUACAUUGAUAGAGUUAUGUCAAAAACAUAUUUGUGAGAAAAGAUUUCACAUGUUUUAUUGGCUAAAAAAAUGCAAGGUGACUGCUACUGCUGUACUUGUCAUCGUGGCUCAUCUGAAAAUAUUGGCCUCCGAUUUGAAAGAAAGAUUUUCUGAUUUAAAACGGAUUGAUUUUCCGGCAUGGGUAGUGCAACCGAUGCUGGUGGAUCUAUCUGGGGUUCCAAUGCAGUACCAAGAGGAACUCUCAGAAAUGCAAAACGAUGAGUCACUUAAAACUUUAUUCAGUAUAAAAGGAGCGGCGGUGUGGCUUUGUGAUGAGACAGAAGCUAAAUACCCAAAUUCAACCUAUUUUGCAAGAAAAGCGCUGUUACCGUUCCCAUCUUCAUAUUUAGCGGAAUGUGGCUUUAGCGCUGUAAAUGAUUUGCUACUGAAGCAAAGAAAUGGACUGGAUAUCAGUGAACGAGGAGACUUGAGAAUGAAGCUGACUAAAUUGGAGCCUAAUAUCAAAUCUCUCUGCAGCGGCCAUCGAGCGCAAGCAUCUCACGACUAACUUAAUAAGGAGACUAAAGCUGCAAUCCGACAUUUUCCCGGGAGGAAGUCCCAUUGAAGGCAAUGGUACUUACUUCCGAAUAGACAUGCAUAGGAUUGCGUUGUAAAUAUGAUCUUGAGGUGAGCUCAAAUUGUAUUUUGAAUUUGUUAGGUGUAGUAAUUAAUCUGAUCAAAGUAUUACAGAAAAAGCUUUCAUUAAAAUUACGUUUAUGCA